CAGAAUUACGUCAGAGGCGACGGAAACAGGUAUGGGGGACAGAAAGUGCCAGAAACAGCCAGAACAACACGUAUAAACAUGAUAUUUCACCGUUUUAUUUAAAUCAAGCAGAUAUUACACUGAUCGCCGAGCAACCCGGGACGCAUUUAAAGACCGUCCGAGGAAGUUUAUGGCACUGUUUGUCGCGUUUUAACCAUUACGUAGCAGAAGCAGAUUAGCUUCCAUGCUAAUGUAAAAUAAUCAUAUUCUCUUUAAAUGUAAACAUCGAUUUUAGGAAUCAAAAGAAUUGAACUGUACUCGCCGUUGUGGGGUUUAGACGUAAUGCAUAACGAUAUAAUGUCUUUUCGAGUUUGUUUCUAGAGCCUCGUUGCACGUAAACAGAAAAGGACACGUAGCUGCAAGAGCGGCGUCUGUAACGUUAUAUACAUAUAAACACAGACUUUCUGUUUGGACUUUUAGAACACAUCCUAGUACUUGUUUGUAUUUACGCCAUCGUGAAGGACUUGUCAUCGAUAAAAGGACACACCUGGUUUCUUCUGCACCGGGACCGGUAAGAACAGAAGAGGAAAGCUCGCUUUGGUUUGGACAGUUAACUGUGAAGUCGUAGCUGAGAAGCUGUCAGGAUGCCUCUGCUGUUUCUGGAGCGCUUCCCCUGGCCCAGUUUGCAGACAUACACAGCCCUGAGCACAGUUCUGCUGGCCGGGACCAUAUUAAGUGCCUACAGCACAGUCAGGGACUCGGAGUACUCCUCGGCGCUGACAGAGGACUCUCACAGCACAGCCGAUGAGGAGAUCAAGCUGGACCAGCUGGACAACUUCGGGAGCGUGAUCACCAGUGUGCUGCUGUACCUCAUCACGGACAGCCUCUUCGUCUGGGUGAUGGUGAACACGGCGUGCUGCAUCCUCAUGUUAAUAGCUAAAGUGAUCCAGUGCAUUGUGUUCGGGCCUCUGAGAGUCAGCGAGAAGCAACAUCUGAAAGAUAAGUUCUGGAACUUCAUCUUCUACAAGUUCAUCUUCAUCUUCGGCGUGCUGAACGUGCAGCGGGUGGAAGAGGUGGUGCUGUGGUGUCUGUGGUUCUCCAUGCUCAUCUUCCUUCAUCUGAUGGUGCAGCUCUGCAAGGACCGCUUUGAAUAUCUGUCGUUUUCUCCCACGACCCCGAUGAGCAGUCACGUGCGAGUGCUGGCUCUGCUGGUGUCCGUUUUGACGUGCUGCGGCGGUCUUGCUGUGCUCUGCGCUCUAGUCGGGCAUCUUCACGGCAUGCACACCGUCGCUUUCAUGGCGGCCGAGUGUUUGCUGGUGACGGUGCGCACGGGACACGUCAUCAUACGGUAUUCCAUUCACUUGUGGGACCUGAACCAUGAGGGAACCUGGGAGAACAAGAGCUCAUAUAUCUACUACACAGACUUCGUCAUGGAGUUAGCCAUCCUCUGCCUAGACCUGAUGCAUCACAUCCAUAUGCUGCUCUUUGGGAACAUCUGGUUGUCCAUGGCCAGUCUCGUAAUCUUCAUGCAGCUGCGCUAUCUCUUUCACGAGGUGCAGAGAAGAAUUCGCCGCCAUAAAAACUACUUGCGUGUUAUCGACAAUAUGGAGUCCAGGUUUGCUGUAGCGACGCCUGACGAGCUGGUGGCCAAUAACGAUGAUUGCGCCAUCUGCUGGGAUUCGAUGACUACGGCGCGCAAGCUGCCCUGUGGCCAUCUUUUCCACAACUCCUGUCUCCGCUCUUGGCUGGAGCAGGACACUUCCUGUCCCACGUGCCGCAUGUCGCUGAACAUCAGUGAAGGUGGAAGGGAAAGAGAGGAGGGCCAGAGGGAGCCACUGGAUGAAAACAUGGCCGCUGGACCGGGAACAGAGGCCCGGCAGCACCUCAAUCAGCACAACCACUUCUUCCACUUCGACGGGUCCCGGAUCGCCAGUUGGCUGCCAAGUUUCUCUGUGGAGGUCAUGCAUACCACCAACAUCCUGGGUAUCGCGCAGGCCAACAACUCGCAGCUCAAUGCCAUGGCCCAUCAGAUCCAGGAAAUGUUCCCGCAGGUCCCUUACCAUCUGAUCCUGCAGGAUUUGCAGCUCACUCGCUCCGUGGAGGUCACCACCGAUAACAUCCUGGAGGGCAGGAUCCAGGUCCCGUUCCCAACGCAGCCGGUGGAGCGCUCGCCCAUACAAGUAAACCCUGCUGCUGAAGAUUCGGCGGGGGCCAGCGGCGGUUCAGAGGUCGCGGCCCCCGAGGCGGAAGACUUUGAGGUGCGCGGGAGCCGCUUUUCCAAGUCCGCAGACGAGAGGCAGAGGAUGCUGAUGCAGAGGAAGGAGGAGCUUCUUCAAAGAGCUCGCAGACGUUAUCUACACAAAAAAUCCGAUGAAGGGGAUGUGUUUUCCGCUCCUGCUGAUGAUGCCGUGCCCUCCGUGGAGGAUGAAGACUCGGAUUCGGUGACCUUGAGGCGCAGAAGGCUGGCGGCCGCAGCUGAGAGACGCUUGCAGAGGCGGGAGCCUCUCCCAUUUUGAAUCGAGCAAAAAAAAAAAAACACGCAUGGAUGCGCAUGGUAUGCGCCAUGCCAUACAGCCAUGCCAUCAUAAUCGAUGCAACAACCCGCGUACCAUCAAACAUUUCGGUUCGUUGUCAUUUUAAAUAAUACGCGGUGCCACUACUGCCUCAGUGAAUUAUAGUAAAGUUUCGGCAAGCAUCAAAUAAAACAAAAAGACACGUG